CCCCCAAAAAAAAUCUAUUAUAGUUUUAAUAAGUAAUUGUAACCAAACGUGUUUAGAAGCUUUAGUUGUUGAUUUUUAGAGCGUCACUUAGCAUGCUAGGAUUUCGUCUCUGACUUUUCACAAUAAAAGUCUCGCUCCCAAAACCUCACUGCCCCUUUCCUCAGAGGAUGGCUUCAUUUGGAUGGAAGAGGAAAGUUGGAGAAAAGGUUUCCAAGUCGGUGGUGCAGAAGUUUGAGGCUGAAGUGGAGAGUGCUGGAGGGGAUGAAAGAUGUCAGGAGGAUGAGGUGGACUGGCUUCAUGCUAUAAAGCGGCGGAAGGAGAUCCUGCAGGAAGACUGUGUCGCCAAGAGCAAGAGGCUGAAGGAUGAGGGAGCACUGCUGGCUGACCAAGGCAGGCACUGGGAGGCUGUUAAGAAGUGGGACGAGGCCAUUCAGCUGACACCAGACAACCCAUUACUGUAUGAAAUGAAGUCUCAGGUAUUAACCAUCCUGCAUGAAGUGUUUCCAGCUGUGCAGGCUGCAGAAAUGGCAAUAAAGCUCCACCCCCUCUGGUGGGAGGGCUGGCAGACUCUCGGCCGUGCCCAGCUAAACCUUGGCGAGGUGGACCUGGCUCUGAGGUCCUUCCAGGUUGCAGUUCACCUGUGCCCGUCAGAUCCCUCUCUGUGGCAGGAUGACUUGGCAUGGACACAGAGGUUAAAGAAGCAGCGUCUGGCAGCCAAGGAGAAGAUAUGUCAAAAGGAGGAGGCCAAAAAACAGCUACUCAGUGCACCCGAGCUUGAGCAGGACUACGACUUUGAUUCGGAUGAGGUCCUGGCUGCCUGUGUGGCUGUGGCCGAGCAGCAGAGAAAAUACGAGGAGCUGAUGAGGACAGACCAGGAGAACAAGAUAAAUGUCCUCACUGAGGAAGGAGGCUCGGUGGACACAGCGUCACUAUCAAAUGAACAGUUCGUCAAAGCACGAGGAGUGUGAAGUCAUCGCUGCAUGAGCUGAUUUACAGGCUGUUUUUAAAAACCUCUCUGGUGAUUCCUCACCAAAUGAGAGGUUUCCAGUUGUGUGUGACACAGCUUAAUUUAGGUGUGUAUUAAGAGGCUGUAAAUUUUUCCAAUUUGAAGGAUGUCUUCGUUUCGCAUUACUGCGGCAGACUGACUUCACUACAAAACAAACUGACCGCCUUGUUUCAUGUGUGCAAAGGUGUGACAUCAUACCAGGGAGCACAAGUGUUGAGCUUCAGUUUUGUUUUAAACAUGAAGGUUCCCAAAAUGAACCAAGCAUCACACAACCUCCACACAACUGUAACAGUGACUUGAAUCCUCAGAAAACCAGCUGUUGUUUAUUGAUCUGAUUAUUAUACUUUAAGUGAAUUAAAAUCAACCUCAAACUCAGCUUUACACAGAAUGCAAAAGUUCCUUCAAAUCAUGGGAAGGAGAAGUAAAUGGGAAUUAUCAGCAAAUUCUCAUGAAAGUUUUAAAGAACAAGUUAAGCUUUUAACAACCACAAUCACAUGAAGGUAUUGUUAGCGGUCAAGCCUCUGAGUGCUGUUCUCACCUUUGUCAAAUGCUUUUUUGUGAGAAAUCCUGUUUUUUCAUUCAUUCUCUACACCCAUUUAUUAUGAUUAAUGGUACUGUUGGGGGGUUACACCAUGGACAGGUCAUGAGUCCAUCGCGGGGUCACAUAUAGACAAACAAACAACAGUUGAAGUCUCCAAUUCACCCAACUUGCAUAUCUUUGGAAGUGGAAGGAAGCCAGAACCCCUGGAGGGAAAACAUUCAAACCCCACACAGAAAGGACCAGGUGGGAAGCGAUCCCAGGACCUUCUUGCUGUGAAACAAUAGUGCUAACCACUAAGCCACCCUACUGCCGACAUCAUGUUUUGAAAAGAAAAAUAGUUAUUUUGGAAGUAGGCCAUGAUAGUUGAUGAGUUUUCAUAUGAAAAGUUGCAAAAAUCCUCUAUAUGCUCAAAAGAGCAACAAAGUAUUUCUGGCCACCUUUAAAAACACAAAGGAAAAUCUUUGAUUCAUUUGUACCGCUGAAAUGACUGUGUCAGACAAAGAGUCACUGAGGGAGAUUCAAAUGAAGAUUAUUAUCUGCACUGUGGGGGAACAUCAGUGUUGGCGGUUUGACUAUGUGACAGGAUCCAGCACACAGGUGCCUCAGUGUGGAGGAACCAGCGGCUGGAGGAGGUCAUGAGUGCACAUGUCGCCUGGCUGCAAAAAGAUAGAUGGUUGCGUUUGAUAGUUGAGGAUGUAGCGGUUUUGUGAUGUGGUGGAUAUACAGGCCUGACCUUAGGUGUUAGUGGUACGAAACAUCAGAAGAAAUAUGGCUAGCUCUUUCCUUAAAAAAAAAAAAUAUAUAUAUAUAUAUAUAUAAUUUGUUUUUGUUUUUUUAUAUAUAUGUGUGUGUGUGUGUCAUCAGGUUCUGUGUGUCUUCAGGUUGUUCAUUGUGGAUUUUGAGCACUGUGUGUAGGGUUUAUAUUCAUUUCAUAAUAAUCACCAUGAAUAUAGGUUGUAAGUAUCAAAUGUAACAGCACAUUAAUAGUUACAUUGUUCAAAUUUAAGGUUCAGAAAACCCCUGUUUUGAGUUUAUUUAGCGCUCUGGGAAAAUCCUCUUCUACUCAUCCACAUUUGCUGUUCAGUCAUUUGUGUGAAAAAAGAAUUUGUAAUAUUUUGGAAUUGACAGCGUUUAAAAGAGUACACAGAUAUUUGCUUAUUAAAAAAUAAUAUGAUUAAGGUUGCUCUUCCUCCCCCGUGACCCUUGAUUGGAUUCAUGGAUUCAUAGAAAAUGAAUGAUUAAGGGUGUAAAAUAGUAACAAUGAUCUUGUCCUUGAAGAAAAAAAUGCACAAAUCUGACAGCCAAAAAAGUUGAAAGUUGGUUAGGUGUCAAAAGCAGACAGGUGUGUUUGUGAAAAUAUUUUUUGGUGGAUGUGGAGUGAAUAAACACCAGUCAAAAUGUGGAACAAGUCUGUUUUUUUCUGAUUAUACCAAGUUGUGCUGAGACUGAACACAUUACAGAUUUUAAAUUCUAACUGCUUAGCUGUUCUCAUCUGUGCUGCUCAAACUGUUGGUAGUAGGUACCGUUUCUGUAGGGUAGUUAAAUAUAACAAAAAAAAAAAUCAUUUCUGUAAAAGCCCAUUGAAAAUCCUAAUGCAGAUUCACUGUGAGGAAUGUGAAAGUCUGGACUGCGUUAUAGGCAGGUGUAAAGAUACUGUUUCUGCAAGUUCCUGGAAAAAUAAAUGUUUGUGAAAGAAGUUUCACUUUGAUCCCCGUCUAUAGAACUGUAUCUAACAUGUACAGCUGUUGUGUAUUUUCCAGGCACCAAGUUGAGCUUCCAGAAAAUGAAACACUUACACUGAGAUAAGAUGACAUAUAGUGUGAGUCAAAGAGAAACCGAUUAAAGCUGCACUUUACGCAAGUAAGAGUGGCCAGUUUUGGUUUGAGAAACACAGUAUAGUUGAGUGGCAUCUUCCAAGAACAACCAUUUAACCUUUAACAUCUUUUAAAUUCAGAUUAUAAAUG